GUUUCCUCAUCUCGGAUUUGAUAACUGGAGACUUCCCAUAUGUACCUACGUAUAGCUGACGCCAAGAUCCUUCCCCAACGACGUGCCGUGCCCCAUAUAUUAGGUAUUGUACAUACAUGGAGGUACAAUACAAUACCUAACGUACCCCAUUAGGUUAGGUACUUCACAACGCAAGUACCUAUCAUCAUCAUAGGUAGCCUUCGAAAUUCACAGCUUCAAGACCUCUCCCAACCACCAACUCUCCCAUCAAACCACACACACACAAAAUAAACACCACCACAGAAACCACAAACCAUCCGAAAAAAAAAUGCAAAUAUCCCUCUCAACCGCCCUCCUAGGCGCCCUCUCCGCCCUCGCCGGCCCCUCCGCCGCCUCCUCCAAACCUCACCACCACCAACCCCAAGCGACCAUAACCCUCUGGGUCCCCUCCUCGCAAUCCCUCCCGAACCACCAAGUCCUCCCACAUAACACGCACGCAACCCUGUCCGCCCUGCGCGCCGCCUACGACGCCCCCCUCACCACCGCCGGGUCCUUCGUCUUCCGGAACGUGACGCCCGGGUCGUACCUGGCCGACGUGCACAGCCGGACGCACGCCUUCGCGCCGCUGAGGAUCGACGUGCUGGCGCAUAAUACGCCUACGGAUGAAGGAGGGGAGGCGAACGGGGGAGAAGGAGAAGAAGAAGGGGGGUUGGCGGUGCGCGCUUGGGAGACGUACCGCGGCAACGAUUGGGAUAACAAGGGCCAGGAGGUGCCGCGGAGCGGUAGCGGCUUUGCGGUGAGGGCGCUGGGGCCGAAGGAGUAUUUUGUCGAGAGGGGGUCUUUCUCCAUCCUCAGCAUCCUCAAGAACCCCAUGAUCCUCAUGGGCCUCGUCAGCAUGGUCCUAUUCAUCGGCAUGCCGAAGCUAAUCGAGAACAUGGACCCCGAAAUGCGCGCCGAGUGGGAAGAGCAGCAGAAGAACAACCCGAUGAGCAGCCUAAUGGGCGGUGGCCCCCAGCCCGGCGCCAACCCCAUGGGCAACUUCGACAUGGCCGCGUACCUCGCCGGCCAGGGCGCCAAGAAGGACGACGCCGAGCCCGCGUCGUCUAAAGGCGGGAAGAGGUAGAUCGUGUAAAAAGACACAGGUGCGAAGAGUAAGAGUAUAAUAUACCUACCUAAAACGUACUAGAAUAUCUAGACACUUGGGAAAAUACAUAGCAUAAAUCAUGAACCGGGGAAGAGAGAAUAAUGACGCCUAUCAUAAGACGAAGACGGCU